UUCUUAUUGCGUACCUUGUGAUUUAACAGUUAUGUGUUUUAAAUAGUACCAAAAGAGGAAAAUUUCAUUAAUAGAUAUAUGAAACCUGGGCAUGCAAGCAAUAUGUCCUACAUAGUGCCGCCCUUGUGCCCUUCUAACCUAAGGCGUAGGUUUUGCGUGUCAUGUGUGUGUAAUUACACCGGCAGCCACGCUCAUCAGACAGGACGGAAUACAGCACUCCUGCCUGGCAACAUAAAUACGUAAGGCGAUUACGGAGGUCAAGGAGAUGAUAUUACUAGCUAUUGCUUUAGUAUUGUUAUGCUGCUACUGGAUGUACUGGGCAGCAAGUAAGCGGGAGCUGGACAAGCUUACGGCAAAGCUGCCCGCCCCACCUGGUUUGCCCAUCAUCGGACAUGCUAUGCUUUUCAUUGGCAACACUGAGAAAAUUCUUAAGAAUCUACAAGACAUCGCUUCGUUGGCAUUCAAGCAUGAUGGAGUUGUGAAACUUUGGCUGGGGCCUAAACUAUACAUAGCUAUUGGUAAGGCGGAGGAUGCACAAGUAAUCUUAGAGAACUGUUUGGACAAGGAUACGGUAUACAAAUUCCUUCGCCCUUGGUUGGGGCAAGGCCUCUUCAUUGCACCUCUGGGAUUAUGGAAAAAUCAUAGAAGAGUUUUGCUACCAGUAUUCCACAACAAAGUAGUAGAAGAGUAUUUACAGAUAAUAUCUGAUCAAGCGAACGUUCUACUAGAGAGACUAGCCGAGCAGUCUGGAAAGAGAGAAUUCGAUGUUCUGCGCUAUAUUACUGCUUGCACCUUGGAUGUCGUAUUUGAGACGGCAAUGGGAGAAAGGAUGGAUGUCCAACAUUCACCCGAUACCCCCUAUCUGCGAGCUCGGCACACCGUCAUGACGAUACUUAACAAACGCUUCUUCAAGGUGUGGCUGCAACCCGAUUUGCUCUUCAACCUGACACCCUACGCUAAACAGCAAAAGGAAAACAUCGAUGUCACCCACAAAUUUACGAACGAGGUUGUACGAAAACGGCGUUUACAAUACGAGAUAAAUAAAAUGACAGAGCAGCAAACUGAUGGAAGGAUAAAAACAGUGUUAGAUAUGUUGUUCGGCCGAGAAAUCGAUUUCACGGAUGAGCAAUUGCGAGAGCACAUCGACUCGAUAACGAUAGCUGGGAACGAUACCACAGCUCUUGUCAUCGCCUAUACUUUAGUCCUGUUGGGCAUACAUCAGGACGCACAAGAGAGAGUCUUCGAAGAACAACAAUCUAUUUUUAAAAAUUCUAAACAAGGUGCAACAAAAGAAGAUCUGCUGUGUAUGAACUAUUUGGAAAGAGUUAUAAAAGAGAGUAUGAGGCUUUACACCGUUGUACCCAUUAUUGCUCGCAAUGUCGACAAGGAAAUUUAUUUACCACACAGCAAGGUGACAAUACCAGUAGGCGUAGGAGCUGUGGUGGGCGCUUUUGCCAUUCAUCGCUCUGUCGAUGAGUGGGGUUCAAACGCUAACGAGUUCGAUCCCGACCGGUUUCUUCCAGAGCGAUCUGAUAACCGACAUCCUGCCGCAUUUAUUCCCUUCAGUUAUGGAUCCAGAAACUGCAUAGGUAGAAACUUCGGUAUGCUUAUAAUGAAGAGUAUAAUUUCUAGUAUUAUUAGGACUUACAAGAUAGAAGCAAAUGAAGUGGGACCUCUUAAAAUAGAAGUGCUGCUGUUUCCGAUAAGAGGGCAUCAAGUUAAAAUUACGAAGCGUUAGAAUGUUUUA